AAAAAGCCACUGAUGGUUCUCUGGAGCAAUAAGGUAUGAUAACAAUACUUCAAUUCUUGGUUACUAAUACCUGUUUAAAUACGGUAAUGUUACUGCUAUGCAUUUGACUUUGGGUUCACUCCCUCUCCUUUAGUUCUCCUGGGUUUUCCCUGACCCUGGCAAGUUCCCUAUCCCUGCAGCACACCCACACACCACUGACAGAGCAGUUCACAUGCUCUGACCUCAGCCCAGCACUGCUUGUCCUAUUGCACCAGGACUCCUUCAGCUCAAAACCUGCAGUUGUGUUUAAACAAAGCUGUGAAAAUUGUGACAUCUGACUGUGGCACAAGUGGGGUUGCUCAUACAGGUGUAACUGUACUCUUUGCUGGGUUCUGAGUGAAUCUCAGCAUUCACGUUACAUUUCAUGGCUAAGACUGGCUAGUGGAUCCUUUAUGACACUGGGAAAUGAGCAUGAUGCUUUUAAUGGCCUUAUAGCCCCUCUCUCCAGAAGGGCUGCUGCUCGGACUGCAAUGCUACCCAAGCUCCCAAACAGCUGCAUUUGGCAGAGGUCUGGAGGUCUCCCUGCAGAAAAUCAUAGCUGCACUUCAGAGCUGGGGCUCGAAAGGAGCACGGGUGCAAAAACUCCACUGUUUGAGUAAGGAGAUGGGACAGGUGUGGAGAGAGAGCAGGUAUCUGCAGGCUUCUGAUCUGUCUCCCAACUGCUGCAUGGGAAACAAGAGCUGUUGGGUUCUGCUGUGCCACAACCAGAAAGGCAGUUUGGACUGCACACAGAACACAGGAUAAACUGUGUGCCUGCAAAAGAGGUCACAAAGCUUGUGGGAGUUGAGCAGGAGGUUGAGGGGAUUAUUCUCACCUGAGAUUGCUCUCUCUGCUGGGCAGGACAGAAUGCCUGGGGCUGGCAGCCAGCUGGGAGCUGUGCCUGGGGCAUGAAGUGAACUGGAGGGCUCUCCUUAAGGUUGGUGCACUCACCCAACAGCGUGCAGCACUGAGCUCUUCAAAGGCUCUUCAGAGGUAAAUGAGAGAGCAGAGUUCUGAGGUCUGGUGCUCUUGCAUGACGAGGCAGCAAAUCUUCACAGGUGCACAGCUACAACAAGGCAGGCAGCCAUGGAGAGCCAUGCAAUCCAAGGCAGGAGCUGAUGGGUUAACAUGUCAGCACUGAGCUGGGGUCACCAGGGGCUGGAGGGACAGCCCAGAUGAAACAAAGUACCUUCUGCCUAGCUGGAGUGCAGAUAAAAGAUCCUAUGGCAUUUCUUGUGAAGCCUGGAGGAGACUGCCAGUGCUGAAGCCAACAAACAAAACUGUUUUUAAACUCUGAGGCUGUGUGUGAGCUAUUGUUGGGGACAUAAUAGCUUCUCUGUUUCCCUGCGCAGCAACUGCUCUGCAAACACACCAGCAGUCUCUUUUAAAAGUAGUUGAGUGUAAAUCAAGUUCUGAACCUGGAAAGAGGUUUCAUCCAUUUACCUUUCACUGACCUUGGUUGACAUUGGUUUACAGAACAGCACAUACAGCACGCUGACACCCUGAUUUGAGUUGCCUUACUUGGAAGCAGACAUCUUUUGUGCUCUGAGACUCGCAGAGAAAAGGCUUGGAUAGAAAAUGGAUUUUCCCUUAUUUGAAAUAAGCAGAAUGGGAGUGAGGCUGAGGGACAGCGCUUGCCAAUCUCCUCCCUUUGAGGAGUGCUUCAUUUUGGCUGGCCUGGCCUGUUUCCUCCUGUUAGGUCAGCACUGGCACACUCAUUGCCUCCUUGCUUUGCAAGGCACCAAGUGCUGCUCCGACUGCUGGAGGUUCCUCUGCUUUGGGCAGCUGCAUUGCCACAGAGGCUGGGGUUGGUGGAUCUGCUCUUUGCUCCCAAUGCCAUGGAUUGGUUUGUCUCUGAGGACAGCAGGUGCUUUGGUAAGGUAAAAGGUAUCUCUUGGCUAUUGCACAAAUAUAGUAGUCAUGGUGAUAACUGCAUUGAACUGGGGGGAAGCUGGUCCCUGAAAAAGCUAUGUUGAAUUUAGGUCUUUUUGCUUGAAUAGUUCUAUAAGGGGAAAGGAAAUGGGUCAAAGAGUAGUUAUUAUUCAUGAAGUGUCAGUCCUAACAAGAUGUCAAUGACUCUCCAUCCCCUCAAUAGCUCUUAACUUAUCCUGGUGUGUGCCUGGAACACCCUUGCUGCAGGUCUGCUCAGUGUCCAAUGUUCACCCAUUGAUGAACAGUAACCCUGUGCACCCCAAGAGCAUCUUUGUGCAGGAUGGAAAAAUAUGGAGAUGUCAGCACUGGCAAUUGCCUUCUGGAAGUGGCAGCCUCAAGGGAAAGCUACUCUAGCCUAGGAUCCUGAGCAGGAGGGUGUUGUGGUUGUGGCCAAAUAGUUCGGGUUAGUGAUUAGGAUGUGUGUUGUAGUGGUCAGUGAGGUUAAAGCUCUCCGUUUUCUCAUUGAAAUGAUGUGACUCAAAAACUAACACAGACAGGUUGUUACCUAAGUCGUAGCUGCUGGUUUGGGGCUUUUUCAUUUCAGGGACUUUAAUACUUUGAAGCUGUUACCCAGAGGCUUCCAGAAGUUUCUGGAGUGCUCAGUGAAGUAGACUGCUCUGCAAAUGGUGUGGCAGUAAGGGGUAAAAGGGAAGCUGGUAAAAACUUUGGAGUUGUUACGACAGUCGUCCUGCACAGAGAAACCAUAACAGCAGUGCUCAUAGGAAAUAUGAAUCUGAGCAUGGGCAUCUAUGAGAGGUCCAAGGAAGGAGGUAGCUGCUCACUGCCUGCAGCUCAGCAGUCCAUAGAAACUCACUGACAAGCAAGGGCUGGAAAAGCAGGAAGAACAUCACUCUGAUGUACCUCUCAAGGGCAGAAUUGGGCUCUCACUACCUCUGCUCACUCCUUCCAAAAUCACCCAUCCAGCAGCAGAGCUGCCAGCUGCUGGGGAAAGAGGAGAAACAGUGGAUAUGGAAGAAGACAGACGACAAACCUCCUCUUGUGCCUGAUCACCUUCUCCCUAGCAGCCCCAGAAACAGCAAGGUUGAUGAUCCUGUCUCUUCCCACAGAAAGAUGAGGAAGCGCUAUGUGUUGACUGGGGUCCUGACUGCAGUCCUGCUGGGGCUCAUCUUGUUCCUGGCGCUCUUCUUCGGGCUGCGCUCUGACUCAGAGGACACACACAUCUAUAAAAGGGCAGCUGUGGCUACGGAUGCAGGGCCGUGCUCAAUAAUUGGAAGGGACAUCCUUCAGCAAGGUGGAUCUGCUGUGGAUGGUGCGAUUGCAGCUCUGCUCUGUGUAGGACUCAUGAACGCUCACAGCAUGGGCAUUGGAGGAGGGCUUUUCUUUACCAUCUAUAACAGUACAGGAAAUGUGGAAAUCAUUAAUGCGAGAGAGGUGGCUCCUAAAAGAGCAACAGAAGGCAUGUUUGGGAACAACACGCAGAUCUCUCAGAAAGGAGGACUGUCCAUUGCUGUUCCAGGAGAAAUCCGUGGCUACGAACUGGCACACCAACGGCAUGGCAAACUGCCUUGGAGAGACUUAUUUCUGCCCAGUGUCAAAUUGGCAAGAGAAGGAUUCCCUAUUGGGAAAGGCCUUGCAUCUGCCAUGAAAUCAAAACAACAGUCAAUUGAAAGCAAUCCUUUACUAUGUGAAGUGUUCUGCAAAGAUGGGAAAAUCCUGCAGGAGGGCGAUAUUGUCAAGAUGCCUAAACUUGCCAACACGUACCAGACUAUAGCUGAUGAAGGAGCAGAUGUCUUUUACACAGGAAGCCUGGCAGAACAGAUCAUCGCUGACAUCCAGAGUGUAGGGGGCAUUAUCACGAUGGAAGACAUGCGGGACUACAGAGCAACAGUAGAAGAACCUAUAGAGGUCAAACUUGGAGAUUACACCCUAUACACAGCUAAUGCCCCAUUGAGCGGCCCGGUGUUAGCCCUCAUUUUCAACAUACUGAAAGGAUAUAAUUUCUCUGCUGACAGCAUCAAAACCGUGGAGGAGAAAGGUCUGACUUACCACCGCAUCGCGGAGGCCUUUCGCUUUGCCUACGCCAAGAGGACUUUGCUGGGAGAUCCAAAGUUUGUCAACGUUACAGAGGCAAUCAGAAACAUGACGUCUGAGUUCUUUGCGGAUAGUCUCCGAAGGAAAAUCACAGACAACACCUCCCAUCCAAUUGAAUACUACGAGCCAGAAUAUUACACUGCAGAUAGUGCCGGCACAUCCCACCUCUCCAUUGUGGCUGAUGAUGGCAGUGCUGUGUCCGCCACCAGCACCAUCAACCAAUACUUUGGCUCUGAUGUACUAUCCAGUGUGAAUGGAAUCAUAUAUAAUGAUGAGAUGGAUGACUUCAGCUCACCUCACAUUAUCAAUGGAUUUGGGAUCGCUCCUUCUCCAGCAAAUUUCAUAGAACCAGGUAAACAGCCAUUGUCCUCCAUGUGCCCUUCCAUUUUGAUGGAUAAAACAAAAAAGAUCAGGAUGGUGGUUGGUGCUUCUGGAGGAGCAAAAAUAACCACAGCAACAGCAUUGGCAGUCAUCAAUUCCCUCUGGUUUGGUUAUGAUGUGAAGAAAGCAGUGGAAGAACCCAGAAUUCAUGAUCAGCUGUUUCCCGACAUCACGGAGCUUGAGGAGCAAAUAGAGGAGAGUGUAGAAGAACAGCUACGGAUGAGAAAACACAACACCACACGGGGGGGCAGCGGCAUGUCGGUUGUGCAAGCCGUUCUCAGAACAGAUGAUGGAUGGGCUGCAGCCUCUGAUUCCCGGAAAGGUGGCAUCCCUGCAGGAUACUGACCCAGCUCAGCUCCUCUUCAUCAGGGCAGUAACGCCACUGAGAUGUGUGUGGAAGAAAGAUCCUUUAGGUCUGCAAUUCAGGGACUUUAACAGGAAAGGGAACAAAUUUGCCUGUGGUUCUAUUGACAGAACUGGGACUGAGGUUCUCAACAAUCACAGCUGAAGUGCCUCGUGUGCCACAGCAGCCUGCUAAAACAAACAUCUCUACCAGGAUGUGACUUACUCGGAGAGUCUGUCCUGCCUUGAAGAGUUUGAUUCCUGCAUCCUCUCCAUCCUGGAAGUGUUUCAGCUAGGAGGAAUGUCCCUGUCACAACUAGAGAAGAGAUUUCCUCCUUAUUUGUGUAGACAGGAGUUACAGGACCCUGAGGACAAACUAAUAGACCCAUGCCAUAGGAGGGAGCUUGACUCCAAACUGGGAUAAGCCUUCACAAACUCACCACUCUUUCUUUUUUUAAAAAAGAUGUUUUCUGCUUUUCACUUCAGCUGAUUGUUGGAGAUGAGUGGGUAACAGGGGAAAUGGCUUCAACCUUUCUUAUGUUUUUGUUGAGAAGGUCUAAAGGGAAGAUACUACCUGUAAAACUGAACACAACUAAAACAAAUAAAAAUGGUGUCACGUAUUUUUCUUGCCCACACAGCUGAUGUUGUCAACAGGGAUGGUGAGAGUCUCCAUGAACAAAGUUCUCCUGAGAUUUUGCUUUCUUGUUCGCUCCUUUGAUGAAGCUAUGAGUGAAAAAAUACAUAUAGUUAAAUAUCCAAAACAAACCUGUUCUUUCUCCAGCUUGCUUCCUACCCCAUCAUACUGCAGGCCUGAGGAAACUAAGCCUCUAAAAAGCAUGCUGUCAUUUAAAGGUAAGCUGCAAUUAAUCAGUCAGUGAACUGUCAGUAAUCUGUAUCUGAUUUGGAACAGCUAACAGUGUCACUGCCUAAACACAGGUAGGUGUUGGUGUUGGACUGAAAUACCAUGUCAUAUAAACUUUGCCUAAAACCAAGAAAUGAGUGUUCCCAGACGCUGUCAGGCUUUAAGGGGUGUUUAUGAAAUCCUGGAAACAGUAGUAAUAGUAACUAAUUGCAUCUGUUUGGCUGGUGGAAACUUCCUGUCAGACUGUAAGAGGCUCAAAAUACAGAACGUACUGAAGAGAAAAUGAAAGCCUGAAAUUGUAGGCACUACAUGCUGCCUCUGUCUCAGUAGUUGCUGGAAUUGAUGUGAGUCUUCAAGGCAGGAAAUGAUAGUGAGAUAGAUGAUGCUUUUCAUGGGGUUAUGACACCGAGGAAUGUAUGUGCUUAUAUAACUCCAACUGAGUAAGUGACUUUUACUGAAAGGAGCCUGGGAUGAACACACAACUCUGUGUGUCUAUUUCCUCAGCUGUUACUGAUGAGGAGGUGUUCAGUGCAGCUAAGGCAGUAAUUAAUUGUAAACAAUGCAGUCAUUGUAUUCCUGGAAGAACGAGAUUGGUGUGAGGCCAAACCUGUGUGUUGUUGGGCUGUUUUCCUUUUGCUGAACUGUGACUUUGACUGUUCCACCUCUUGUAAUGCUAGGAUAGCUGUCCCUCAGUAGCAGGCUGCAGCUGAAAUCCAGUGUGCAGGUGUAUUGUAGGAAGUUUGGAUACAGGGCUGUGUGUGCUGCAGCCCUGAUACUUGCAGGAAAUGGCUCUCUGGACAUAAAACAAUCUGAGCCCUUUUGGCCAAGUGAGAUCUGAGAAAGAUGGAGGUUGCUCUGCCUCCUAUUUGUUUUCAUGGACACUACAACAGAUGCAAAGAGCACAAUAAUGCUGUCUGUUAGAGCAAAUUCUCA